GUCAGCCUCGCUUCACCUGUUCACUUACAAGCUGUUUGUUUAAUCCAUAAGCCUUUUCGUAUUUUCCAAACUUGCUUCUUUUUACACAACCUAACUGAUUUAAUCGCAUUUAGAUCGAAAUUCAAAAUUAGGAACGAUAGAUGGCCUCGCCUAGUCGAAGUUCCCAGCGUUCCCUGCUCAACGCGGGCCUCAAAUUGUUUACCACAAAGCUGGGUAGGACCCAGCACAUGCUCCCGUUGAAGGAUUUCAGUGUGUCUGCGCUGCAGGGUGUGGAGCUCCAUCAUCAGAAUACCGCACCAACCAGAAUGUCCCAGCGACUGGCGGAUGCCCAGAAACGCACCCAAUUGUUGGAGGACCGGAACCGCCAGCUCAAGGAUCUGGCGCUAGAUAAAUCGGACCUCUUUGAGUCGCGAACAGUGAUGCUGUGCUCCCGAGCCUUCGACAUCAGUCAGGAGCUGAUCGUGACCAGGAUGAGGAUUAACGACUUGGAGAACGCCUGUACGCAACUACGAAGACGCAUCCUGGAGCUGAAUCUGCGACGCAUCCAGCGUCGUCGGCUGCUCUGCCACGAAGUACAGAUGCUGCAACAGGCGCUGGAACACCAGGUGCCCACGAUCCUGAUGCGCUUCUGGCGCGGUCUUUGCUUUCUAUGGAACUGUUUGGACUGCCUGUCGAUGGUGUCCCGCGUGGCCCGUCCUGUCUUCAAGGCAGAGACCACAAUGGAUGCACUCAAUCUCUUUGUGGCGGGCUUUUGACAUGUCUCGCUUUGUCCUGGUCUUUAAUUUAGUAUUUUUAACACUGGUUAUCGAGCACAGCAGGGUUAUCGACAUCAAUCGACUUAUCGGGUCGAACAUUUCAUUACUUUAAACGUUUGUAUAUCACCAUAAA